AUGGAAAAAUAUGAAGCUGAAUUCCAUAAUACUGAAGCUUCUAUCAAGGCUUUAGAGAUGUUGGAGCAGAUGCUAAAAUAUGCUAAAUUCAUGAAAGAAAUCUUGUUCAACAAAAGGAAGUUAGGAGAACAUGAGACUGUCAUGUUAAAAGAAGAGUGUAGUGCUAUUCUCCAACAAAAGCUGGCACCAAAGAUGAAAGACCCAGGGAGUUUUACGAUUCCUUUCACUAUUGGUGAUUUUACUUUUGAUAAAGUCUUAUGUGAUCUUGCUGAUCUAUCAAUCGUGUACCUAAGAGGGAUGAUAGAAGAUGUCUUGAUAAAGGUUGACAAGUUCAUCUUUCCAGUGGACUUUGUGGUGCUUGAUAUGGAGGAAGAUCAUGAGAUCCCUCUUAUAUUGGGAAGACCAUUCCUAGCCAUCGGUAGGACCCUCAUAGACGUGCAAUAA